AAUGUUUUCUGUACUGAAACAAAGACAGACUAGAAAGUAUCGCAUUCCUUAUACAACACGUAAAAAAGCAUUCCUUUCUAUUUGCUUUGAUAUAAUAGAGAUCAUCCUCUCUUUUUUUAUUAUAUUUGUUUAACCACAGAAUGUAUUUCGCGCUACUAUUAUUACCAUUUGUCAUCUUUGUUAUCAAAUUAGCAUCAGCGACUCCUUCUCAUUCUGAAUUCAGUCCAAUAAAAUCAAGAAAUGUUCUGGACAGGAGCGAUAAUGUCGUCCUCUACUGGGGACAAGGAGACUUUGGAGAGAGACGGUUAUCAUAUUAUUGCGAUCAAGAAGGAGUCAGUAUUGUCAUUCUCAGUUUCAUCACCGAUUAUAUUGGAGGACCCAGAAAGUCACCGAUCAUCAAUUUGGCAGAUAAUUGUAACGAUGUUGAGAACUGUGUUGAGACUGCCCAAGAUAUAAAGUAUUGCCAAAGCAAGGGAGUCAAGGUGCUCAUCUCUGUGGGAGGAGCCGCAGGAUCGUAUCAUAAGCAGUCGUGGGACCCUGAUCUGUUCGCAUGGUGGUUAUGGAACAAAUUUUUGGGUGGUGAUGAUCGUACAGUGCCAAGACCCUUUGGUGAUGCUGUCCUGGACGGUAUUGAUUAUGAUCCCGAAGAAACUACAGGCAAAGGAUACGAUAGACAUAUUCAUACACUUCGUCAGCUAAUCCAAACACAAUAUCCUCCUCACCAAUACCUCAUUACAGCUGCGCCCCAGUGUUCAGAUUUAGAUUAUUAUCCAAAGAAUGCACAAUACAAUAUCCUUCAUCCCUCGCCUCAAUAUGAUGCCUAUCCAGAUAUGGUGUUUGUACAGUUUUAUAAUAACGACUGUUCAGCAGCAGCCCAUAAGCCACGAGGACUCUCUGAUUUUAAUUUUGACGCCUGGAAUAAAUGGGCACAAGAAGCGACCAAGGGGCGUACUAAAGUUCUUUUGGGAGUCUUGGGUAGAGACAAUCGUAUGGACAAGGGAUAUGUGAGUUAUGACAAGCUGACGAUGAUUUUGGACGACAUCAAGAGCCGGUCCCAGUUUGGAGGUGUGAUGAUAUGGGAUGCAGGAUACGCUUACGCCAACAAGGUACCUUACUUUAACAACCUUGCAUAUGGUCAGGCCACUGCAAAAUAUCUUCGACAGUUGGCGACUAACAGUAAACCUGGAGCGAAACUAAUUGAAACUAUCGACAUGGCACUUCAAGAAAACCAAAUGCCGAUUAUGAUACCCGUACGUCAUGAUGCUAGAUUACCGUGCAAAGGACAACCGAUGAUGCUACUUAAAACAGUGAGUACAAGGAUACUUGCACAGAGUUUUGGCGCAUCACCCGAAAUACUAGCCGAACGAUUCGAAACACUUGGUGUCUCUGGUGAUGAACCACUUUAUCCAGGUUCACGUAUCUGUUUGACAGUCUCAGACGGUGACAUGAUCUCACUUGGAUACAUUUAUAGCUUUGAGCAACCGACAGACAAUAAGAACACAUUGUCUAAUUAUCAGUAUUAUUUCCAAUAAGGAGUCAUUUGAGAGAGAGAAAGUUGGGGGAUUUAUGCAUGCAUUUUGUUUUAUAACUCCUGAAUUAUUACAGCAGGGAAUAACUUUAAGUUUUUUACCCUUUAUUUUGAUGUCAAAGAAACUAUUAUU